AUGCCAGGAUGGUCGGCAGGUGGCAUGGCGAAAGCCACCGAAGAUGCAUGGAGCCGAAACGACAGGAUGUUGGUGCGAGAAAAGAGUUUCAUCGCACCUAUAUUGGCCGGUGGAAGUGACAAUGGGAAGGGGUGGGCUGUGUCGAUACAUCAGGACAUCAGAGCGUUGGCCAUGUUCGCUCCAUCCAAGCAGGUAAGGCUCCGGAUUUGCGCAUCGGGGGGCGAAGCACUUCGAGCAUGGUGCGUUGGACCACUCACGAAAACCGCCAAACUGCACCGCAUCCAUCAAUGCCAAGGCCCGAACCGACGAGCCACGCCCGAAGCCGAUGUAGCGGUGCCGUCGAGCACGACGGUCCACCGGACCCUGAACGGGCUGUCAAUGCCUAUGGGAAUCGCACGUACAGAUUCCGCCGUUGCUCGGAAACCGCGAAUUAUCAUUAGUUUCGCGACGAAACCUUUGCAUUCGGCUUCCUCUCUCGCAUUCGCGGCACUGGUGUCGAGCCUGCGCUGCAUUGAUAAUCUUGCUUUGAUGAUGGUUCGACGUCGCCACCAGUGCUGGGUAACCAACAAGCCUACGGUCGAAGGGAAACAGAAAUUUUUGUUUUACGAAAAUUCACAGCAACACGAGCGAGGCCUGUAG